GCGCGCCCGCCAGUUCAAACGCGCGUCUGGGUCCAGCCGCAGCCGGGCCUCCGGCUCCCGCCUCGCAGACACCGGCGGCGCGGGGGGCGGGUGAACCUGCUGCCUCGGUUACGGCGGAGCAACACAGACGCCUCGGGUUACCCGCUGUCCCGCCAGGCCUGGGGCCGGCGGCCAUGGAGCACUCCCUGCACCGCGUCUCCCUGGGGAGCCGGCGCGCGCAGCCCGGCUUGUCUUUCUACCUCUGCACCUUUGGUCAGCUGAAGCUGUCCAUCGAUGCCCAGGACCAGGUUCUGCUGCUCCACAUCAUGGAAGGCAAAGGUCUGAUGAGCAAAGCGCCUGGCAUCUGUGAUCCCUACGUGAAGAUUUCUUUGAUCCCCGAAGACCAGGGGCUGUGCUGCCAGAAGACACAGACCGUUCCAGACUCCAGAGACCCCGUCUUCCACGAGCACUUCUUCUUUCCUGUCCAAGAGGAAGACGAACAGAAGCGCCUCCUGGUCGCGGUGUGGAACAGGGCAGGUGACUCCAGACAGAGUGGGCUCAUCGGCUGCAUGAGCUUCGGAGUGAGGUCUCUCCUGACGCCAGACAAGGAGAUCAGUGGCUGGUACUACCUUCUGGGGGAGGACCUGGGCCGGACCAAGCACCUGAAGGUGGCUAGGCGGCGAUUGCGACCCCUGAGAGACCCGCUGCUGAGAAUGCCAGGAGGUGGGGACACUGAGAAUGUGGAAGAACUUAAGAUCACCAUCCCGAGGGGGAAGGAUGGCUUCGGCUUCACCAUCUGCUGUGACUCUCCGGUCCGCGUCCAGGCGGUGGAUUCGGGGGGCCCGGCAGACAGGGCAGGGCUGCAGCAGUUGGACACCGUGCUACAGCUGAACGAGAGGCCGGUGGAGCACUGGAAAUGCGUGGAGCUGGCCCACGAGAUCCGGAGCUGCCCCAGUGAGAUCAUCCUGCUCGUGUGGCGCCUGGUCCCCCAAGUCAAGCCAGGCCCGGAUGGCGGGGUCCUGCGGCGGGCGUCCUGCAAGUCAGCCCAUGACCUCCAGUUGCCCCCCAACAAGCGGGAGAAGAACUGCGCCCACGGGGCCCAGGCUCGGCCUGAGCAGCGCCACAGCUGCCACCUGGUAUGUGACAGCUCCGAUGGGCUGCUGCUCGGAGGCUGGGAGCGCUACACCGAGGUGGCCAAGCGUGGGGGCCAGCACACCCUGCCGGCGCUGUCCCGUGCCACUGCCCCCACCGACCCCAACUACAUCAUCCUGGCCCCGCUGAACCCUGGGAGCCAGCUGCUGCGGCCUGUGUACCAGGAGGAUGCCAUCCCCGAAGAAUCGGGGAGUCCCAGUAAAGGGAAGUCCUAUACGGGCCUGGGGAAGAAGUCUCGGCUGAUGAAGACGGUGCAGACCAUGAAGGGCCACGGGAACUACCAGAACUGCUCAGUCAUGAGGCCACACACCCCACACUCAAGCUAUGGCACCUACGUCACUCUGGCUCCCAAGGUCCUGGUGUUCCCCAUCUUUGUUCAGCCUUUAGAUCUCUGUAACCCUGCCCGGACCCUCCUGUUGUCAGAGGAGCUGCUGCUGUACGAGGGGAGGAACAAGGCUGCCGAGGUGACCCUGUUUGCCUAUUCGGACCUGCUGCUCUUCACCAAGGAGGACGAGCCGGGCCGCUGCAACGUCCUGAGGAACCCCCUCUACCUCCAGAGCGUGAAGCUGCAGGAAGGUCCCUCGGAAGACCUGAAAUUCUGCGUGCUGUAUCUGGCAGAGAAGGCAGAGUGCUUAUUCACUUUGGAGGCGCACUCGCAGGAGCAGAAGAAGAGAGUGUGCUGGUGCCUGUCAGAGAACAUCGCGAAGCAGCAACAGCUGGCGGCCUCGCCCCCACAGAGCAAGAAACUCCACCCUUACGGCUCCCUCCAGCAGGAGAUGGGGCUGGCCAACUCAACCAAUGCCACCCAGGAUAGAAGCUUUACCUCAUCAGGACAGACUCUGAUUGGCUGAGCAAACCCAAAGGCCGGACUCUGCUUCUGGCAACUUAACCCUUUCUUGGGCCUCCCCUACCACACAGUAACCUCACCUCUACUGGACCCAAAACUGAGGACCAAGAUGGUGGGCCUAGGGUCAUCUGAAGGGAGCAGCCCCACAGGUGUGUGUGGACUGGCAUCAGAAGGACUGCAGUGGUGUGAGAGGCCCUCAGGGCACCUGCAGACUGGCAUCAGAAAGUCCUAAAGGAGAAGACUCAGAAACUUAUUUCCUACAAGGAAGAAGGAGGUGAAAUAGCAUCUGGGCUUCUGGUGGUUCCAGCGCCUGCCUUGGGGGCAGCAGGAGAGCUUGGGAGGUCAGCCCCAGUGGAGAACAAUGCCAUGACCCUCCACUGCCAGAAGACAUCGCCACCCAUUCAUUCAUCUGUACUCACUCAUUCAUUCCUUCAUUCAACAGAUAUUUGGGGGGCCAUCUACUUUAUACCAGGCUCUGUGCUAGGACCUGGGGAUACUGUGGAGAAUGAGAUGGACAUGGUCUCUGCUCUUAUCAAGAUUUCAGUCCUAGUAGGGGAGUCACAUUAAAUAAAUGAACAUGAGCGCGCGCACACACACACACGCACACACACACACACUCAUGUGAUUACAAACUGUGAUAAUCUAGGAAGUAAAAGAACAGAUUCCUGUAAGAGAGAAUAUUAUUUAGAUUUUGUGUGUGUGUGUGUUUGUGUGUGUGUGUGUGUGUGUGUGUGUGUAGUGUGUGGCAGGGGAGACCAUAACUCUUAAGCUGGGACCUGCAGGUCAGAAAAUGGACUUAGCCACUCAAGGACUUUGGAAAGAGUGUCCCAGGCAUAUGGGACAGGCUGGGUAGAGGACCUGAGAUGGGAAGCUUGGCCUUCAGGAGGAAUGGGGCCAGGCCCCUGUAGCUGGAGCUCAGUGAAGAGGCAGAUAAGGCGGUUGGGGGCCAUAUUGCACAGGGCUGUGGUUGUUAAUAUUUUAUUUUUAUUUUUUUGUUAUAGAUACAGUGGGCAGUGAAGGCUUUGGAGAAAGAGGGUCAUAGAGUUUCAGGCACAUUUCUAAAAGAUCAGUCUCAGGAGGGGCCCAACUGGCUCUGAGAUCAGUUAGGGGUCCCCUUAGACCUCCAGGUUAAGGGUGGUGGGGGCCUGUCCUCGAUGGUGGCUGGGGAGAUGGGGAUGUGGUAGAGGCUCUGGAAUGAGUAGAGAGAAUUUCCUAUUUCUUCGCCCCUUCCCACUCCUCCACCGUGCCUUGCUCCCUCAGUGGAUGCAAGAGAAGAUUGGGGCCUUCCUCCCAGACCCCCUCCUGGCCAGGCCUGGGUAGGGACCAGUGCUGAGUUCUGGGAAUGUCUCUGGGAGUUGGAAGCAGUAGGCUUUUGAGAAAGAGAGUCAAAAGGUGGGAAGUUCACAGCCCCCAGGGCUUACCUGUGCUGUCCCUCCAUCCUAUGAUGAACAGCCUGAUUGGAAGCUGGAACACAAACCUCUGGAAAUGGAUUUGGUUUGUUUUCUGCAGAGCUCCGAAGGUCAGGGCCCAGGGCGAGGUGUGGCUCAGCAUUCCACAGGACACUGUCCUGCCUCAGGGCUAAAGAAAGGCCUAUCAAGGGGACAGUGCCUAGAGCUCAGCCUGCUCCCUGCCUGCUGCACCCCCCCCCCCCCCCCCAUGGAGCCCAGGGUUGGGCAGCUCUCACACCCUUUCCUAACUGCCCAGACCUAGGAUGAGGACAGCCCAAGGCUGCAGGUGUGAGUGACAUAGCUUAUGCAUGAGGGAGGUGUAUAGGUCAGGCUCACUUGCAUGGAAAGGGGUCAGAGAGGCUAGAAGCUCCAUACCCCGGACAGUCUGCGUGGUGUCCUGUAAGACCUCUGACAUGUCUUUAAAGAGGGGCCUUGUGCCCUGGUGAGUUUGCUCCACUGUGGUAGCCACUGGAACCCCUAAAAGCGUGGCCCAGAUGAGAAUUCUUCCCUUACCUCUCACUUACCCCCCCGCCCCCCAGUCUAGGAAAGAUGGGGCAUGUGGCCUCAGCAGUCUAACAGGGGAUGGCAUGUAUCUGCUCACGACCAAGCCAGUCCCUCUGCCCAGCAGGGAAUAGACUGGGGCUGAAGUGGGACAAGGGAUGCACUGUCUGUCAGCCAGGACUCAGCCGCGGGGUUAAUUCUGAGAGGCUGCGCAGCUGGGUCUGCACAGACAGUUCUGCUGCUGCACUUUGAUUUCAUUUGAUUCCCUUACAAAAUGACAUUAAGGGGAAUGUAGGGCACAGGAGAUUCGCCUGUCUGGGAAGAGAGCAAGCUUGUCUCUCUGGGACCUGGGACCUCCCUCUGUCCACCAGUCAGAUGCAGAGGACAGGAGUUCUGGGCACCGGGAAACGGAGGCUCCGAAUGCAGCACCCAGCCCUGGGACACGGCUUCUUCCCCAGCUCGUCUCAGUAAGCUGCUGAGUUGGGUGUAUGUUCACAUCAGGGUCCUUGGCCCCGCCAGCUGUUGGGGAAGCAGACAUCAGCUCCUGAAGGACCCCGUCUUUCCAGGGACUGUGGUCAGCGUGCCAUGGCUGCUCUGCCUCUCAAAUCGAGGAUAUCAUUCAUUUGACUCCAGGAGCUUGAGAAGAUGCAAUUUGACUGGUGGCCACCGCUCUUCAGCACCCCCAUCCACCCCAGCCAUCCGGGAAGACGAACAAGCUAUCAAAAUUGCAUUUGAGAGUCAUAAUCACGGGAAACACAGCCGAGCCCCUCCCUCCACAUAAAUCACCCUAAGAAGCCCACACAAUGCUCUCUUUCCUGAUGGGCCAAUUGUCUUGGUUUGGUGUCUCGGGGCCUAGGAGCUGGGAGGAUGGGAGCACAAGCAUUUAUUGUUGAAAAGGCCAUCUGUGUGAUUUGAAUACAAAGUGAUCCUUGUAGUUCCCAGUAUACCCUCUGUACCCUCUGAUCCGUUUUCAUGUGUCUCGGGCUCUGGAUUUUUUUGAAACUCUCCUCUCUUCUGUACUCAGUCACGCCCGGGACUCUGCUGGCCCUGGGUCUUUUGGCCCUUUGGGAGUUGGGACCUGUUGGAAAUAAUGAGGACAAUAAUUUAUAUCUAGUAUUUUUAUUCUUUGUUUUAAUAUUUUUAAAAAUAUAUUCUGCCACCAGAGUCUUCAUUUUUCACACAUGUUACCAUGAGGGUUCUGUAAAGGGAGGUGCAGGCAGUUUCACAGUGUGGGAGGGCUCCCCACAGGGAGAGCAUGGGCUUUGGAGAUGGUAACCUGGGACCCCAGGCCUUAUCUCCACUAGGCCUCCCAGCUUUCCGAUGAAAGGGACUAGGAUUCAGAGAUGUUAAGUGAUUUAUCUAAGGUCACACAGCUGGUAAGCGGCCGAGCUAGUUCUCAAGCCAAGGCCUUUGAACUUAACCCAUUGCUCUUUCCAAUGUCAAAAAAAAAAUUGUCUUUUUGGGAUGAGAGUGAGAGAAAUCAGUCAUCUCCUCCAGGAAGAGGCAGGAGGGGGCUCUCCUGCAGGUAGAAGUUGUGGCCUUUUAAGCUUUUAUUUGUCCUAAGCUUUAGGACAAAUGAGUUGAAAUACAAUAUUCUCUACGCCAUGGAGAAUGAACUUCCGGAGUUCACAUUCCCGAGGGGGGGCCCAGGCUGAAAGGAUCAAUAGCUUCACACAAGAUUUGAAAAGUCUGAUAUAAAAGACUGGUGGAGCUCCUUAAGACAGGCUGGGGGUGGGGGCCUGGCACUGGGACUAUGGGGUGACGCCCUUCCCCUUUUGAGUCUGGCAUUCAAGAGGACCAGCUGACAGCCCUGGGGUACGCGGCAGCAAUGGCACGUUGGCCAAAGGCAGAAAAGGAUGGCUUCAGCUUCAGGCCAGGUGCACUGGGCAAGAGUCGGGAAGGAGGCCUUUGGCCCGAGCCCUGUCGAGGGCGGGGAGAGACUGUUCCAGGUUCCGGGCCCAGAUCUUGCUAAUUGACUGGUUUCAAAUAAACUCUAAGUAACUGGGAAUCAACUGGACAGGAUUUCAGAUAUUCCCCCGAAGAAGCAGACUCUUCCCUAAAAUGCUCAGUUGUUUUCCAGUCUCUCCAGCUCCCCUCCACCUCCUUGCUGCCUGUCUGCCUGUGCGUAGACUGCCUUCUUUGAGUCUUACCCUUGGACUCAGCCAUCUUGUCAUUCCUUUUCUAGCUCUUAACAAAGACAGCGCAACCUGACCAUCUACCCUGUCUUGAGCUUGUCUCCCCUCAAGCCUUUCUCUGAAUAGGGUCAGCAUCCUCCAGAUUGUUCCCAGGCCCUAGCUGGUUUUGCUCAGUGGAUAGAGCGUCGGCCUGCGGACUCAAGGGUCCCAGGUUCGAUUCUGGUCAAGGGCAUGUACCUUGGUUGCGGGUGCAUCCCC